AUGAGUCAUUCGAUGGAAAAAGAAUGGCAGAAUCAGGUUAGUUCGAAUGAUAGGCAAAGUAUUGCGGUUCAAAUCGCUAAUGCUCUCCGAAUCAUUUCGCCCAGUAUUUCAGAGGCUCAAUUACUGGCGAUGGCGUCUUCUUUUGAAAAACGAGCAUUUGAGCGUUCGUCGAGUAAGCACGAAUACAUCAAUCUCUGCAACAAAAAAGCUCAGCAGAUUCGAGAACAAAUUCGCGAACAGAUCCAUCUGGCUCAGAUGACACAAAUGUCGAACAUGUAUCCAAAUGCCAACCGACCAGGAAACAUGACCGGUGUUGGAGCUGGUGCACAGCGACGAACGGAUGGAGGUGCUCAAGCUGCAGGAAUGAACCGAUUACAAGCCCAAGGUAUGCCUGCUCAGUUUGCUGCGGGAGUGAAUUUGACACCUCAACAGCAACAGCAACUGUUGAUGCAGCAGGCUCAGCUGCAGCUUCAGCAACAAAAGCAACAACAGCAGCAAGCCGGAAAAGGAAAUGCUGGACAACAGUUCCCCAUUCAACUAACCCCUCAACAACUAAAUCAACUGUAUACCCGGCUUGCGGCACUUAUGGCACGUAAUGGCAGCCCUCCUCUCACGCUGCAGCAGAUGCAAAGCAUGCCGCCUGUGCGGUUAAUGGCUAUAUAUCAGAAAGAGCUGGGUACGUUGCGUUCUCAUCAGCAGCAACAGUUGGCUCAACAACAGCAGCAGCAAACCCAGUCUCAGGCCCAGCCUCAUCAGCCAGGAUAUGGAAUGGGUACCUCUCAUACGAAUGCUGCGGCAUCUGGAUUUCCUGCACAAAUGGGUGAAACGAAAGCCUCGCCCUCUCUUCAAAGUUUUGAUCAACACUCCAUGCCAGCUGCUAAUACUGCUAAUCCCCCUAAUCGGCCUGCUGCAACGAGACCUCCGAACUACAAUGCUAACAAUGCCGGAUUUGAUAUGUCCAACGUCCCUGUUCCCCCACAGCUUCUGUCUCAAAUUCCUGGAUUGCCUCCAAACUUGAAGGUAUGGCGUGAAGUUGUCGAACUGGGCAAAACUGGCCGCUUAAAUCCCGAACAAAUGAAAAUUAUUAGCGUUUUAUUUCAGAAACACAUGCAGUUUAUCAUCCAACAACGACAGCAACUUCAACAGCAGCAACAGCAACAACAGCAGCAGCAGCAGCAGCAGCAACAACAACAACAACAACAACAACAACAACAGCAGCAGCAGCAGCAAGCCCGUUACAAGGCUGUUCCGCAGGCGUAUCAGCAACAGCAGCAGACGGCCUCAUAUACCGCCGCAAAUGUUGGUCCUUUUCCUUCGAACUCCGCUGCAAUGCAGCAAUUGAAAAUGGAUAAGCCUGAGAUGUCUGAUAUGGCUGCUCUUAAACGUAUGGAAAAUGAAACUGCAAAAAUGAAGCAAGGGCCAGUCAAUGUACAACAAAAUACUCAAUUUCAAAAAAUGCGCGCGGCCGGCGCUUCACAAAUACCAUACACAAAUCCGUCAGAUAAUAUGCUAAAGUUUCCGGCUGGCAAUUCGUCACAACCAAAUCUUCAAAAGUCGUCACAGAAUCCUCAGGCGUCUGCUCAACCAAACAGACAAGCUCAACGAGAUGGUGGUAUAUACAUUGUUCAGCAGCUGUUAGAGACUGGCGGUAGAGUAGGUCAACCAAAACUUUCUAUGCGAAUUCGGGAAAUGACUGAAAAAGUAUCCCGUCGUUUUACGCGUCCACCUCCUUUAAACUUAACGUCGGAGCAAAAGUUGAUGGCUUCAGAGUUAACGAAGGGUAUCUAUCCCAUGUUCUCUCGUACCAAUCAACUAAUUGUUCUUUUUUAUUGUAUCACUGCCAAUGAUGAGGCUACUUUGCAGCUUAUUCAACUUCGGCACAUGUUUCAACUUCAAUUGGAUGGAUAUCCAAGAGGAAUUUUCAUAUGCGCACCCCAAACAUUGGCUAAGCUAAAAGAGAAGUUCGAAAGCUAUUUUGGUUUCGUUAAGGCACAUCUCAUGAGACUUCAUAAUGAAGUUAGUGUCAAUAAGCUUACACUUCAACAAGCGUUAAUGCAACUUGGUCGUACGGCAGCUGUUAAUCGUCCUACGCAGUCGUCCUCUACGCAGCCGAAUCAACCUGUAUCUGCGAAUGCUGCUGCAAACAAUUCGUACGCACCGCCUGUGAACCAAAUGGCUUCUCAAGCUCCUCACCCCGUCGCUCCUCCGUACACGAAUGCUUCGCUAUCGAAUAUACCGGUGAAUCAGACGAGUGACGUUUAUGUUGAAGAGCCUACAAUCCCUCUCAAGCAUGAACUGAAGCAGGAGGACUUGAAACUGCCUCCUGCCAAAAAGAAGAGGGCAGUUCAGGCAACGGGCUCGUCACCUCAGCCUAAAGCCAAUGCUGAAAGCCCUACUAUCAAAUCACAAGAAACAAAUGAUACCUCAAAUAGUGCUCAACCAGUACAGGUUUCUGCUUCAUCCGCCACCAGUACCCAAAACGGAAUUAAGGAAGAACCUCUUUCUCGUGCUCGGGAAGAAGCACUGGCUAAUCCGUUGCAUUAUGCGAUUGAGGCGUUUUCUGCCAUUGACGCCGAUGAUGAGUUCCUGAACUCAAAGACAGGAUUAACACCCUCGUCCUUACGGACGCCCCAGUGUUUCAUUACUUCAACACCUGAUGCAAUGCAUAGUGAUGUGAAUUCACUUAGUCCAGCAAACAUUUUAUUGUCUUUUGAUGGUAAGAGUGCUUCAGACGAUCCACUGGAACUCUGGGACGAGUUCUUUAAUGAUGACAAUCUGAACACUGCAACUACCAAUAUAAAAGAUGAAAAGUUGCCAAGUCCAGCACUGUCGCUUCCUGCGCAAAGCCCUGUUAUUGUUUCUAACGACCUCUUAAUUCCAGAUGCAGAUAAUGCUGAUCCGUGGAACGAGUUGCUUGGUUUGAAGAUGAAACAGAGUUCACCUAAAACGGAGGCUUCGGAACCUGAUCCAAACUCUGCAUUUCCGGAAACGGUUGGAGUGUGGGAGGUUGUUAUUUGA